UCACUCUCUCUAGACUUUUCUCUGUCGAAUAUUAUUUGCAGAGGCAGAAAGGAAGACAUUUUGUGGAGGAAAAAUAAAAAAGCAAUCUCUUCUCUUUUUCCACACUGGCUUUGGAUUUUGUUGCCCAUUGUUGGGGAGAGAAACGUUUUGGGUUUUUCUGUGAUUGUUCAGAGAUAGAAAGAAACUACAAAGUGGAUCUAAUUUUGGUUUUUUGUUUGGCUUCCCAUAAGUUUUAUCCUUUUCAAAUGAUUUUCAUGUCUGAUAUUAGAUUUACAGACAAAGAUUUUGAGGAAGAAGGAGAGUGGGAAAGGGAAAGAUAAAACCAAACACCCAUUAACAAAAAAUAUCCCCAAGCGACUAUAAUCACAGAAUCAAUGGCGGCUAUAUCAGCACCAGUUCCGGAAAAUGCGGCGGCGGCGGUGCUGAUUGGACAAAUGGAAGUUGAAUUUGCAAAAUGCGAGUGUUGUGGGCUGACAGAGGAGUGUACAGGGGCUUACAUCGAGGGAAUCCGCCGCCGAUUCGACGGGAAAUGGAUUUGCGGUCUGUGUUCGGAGGCGGUUCAAGAUGAGAUUCUCAAGUCCGACGAACUCAUCACCACCCAAGAAGCCGUAGCAAAGCACAUGAGCUUCUGCAAGAAAUUCGCCGCCGCCGUUGGACCACCGCCGGACCCGACGCCUCAUCUCAUUACGGCUAUGAGACAGAUCCUCCGUCGCAGUUUAGAUUCCCCAAGAGCCUUGAGGUCCACGCCGGCCACUCCAACCACCACUGCCGCCGGCCAAAUCCGCCGCCGGGCUCUUGCUUGAUCCGGCAGCUGUUUCACUUCUUUCUGGUUGACGACGAUGAACAUUGAAUUUUUCCAGAGAAUGAAAGAAUUUUUCCUAAUAAUGAAACAAAUAAUUAGGACUAAAACCCCCUCCCAAAAAAAUAAUAAUUAGAAAAAAAAACAUAAAAGAGAGAAAAAAAUGUUUGAUCUUUGAUGCUCAAUGUCAAAUAAAAGCUUUUAAGUUC